GCCAUGGUGGACCCGGUGGGCUUCGCCGAGGCGUGGAAGGCGCAGUUCCCGGACUCGGAGCCGCCGCGCAUGGAGCUGCGCUCGGUGGGCGACAUAGAGCAGGAGCUGGAGCGCUGCAAGGCCUCCAUCCGGCGCCUGGAGCAGGAGGUGAACCAGGAGCGCUUCCGCAUGAUCUACCUGCAGACGCUGCUGGCCAAGGAGAAGAAGAGCUACGACCGACAGCGCUGGGGCUUCCGGCGCGCGGCGCAGCCCCCCGACGGCGCCGCCGAGCCCCGCGCGCCGCGCCCCCAGCCCGCGCCAGCCGACUGCGCCGACUCGCCGCCCGCCGACGAGCCCGAGGCCCGGCUCGACGGGGAGGGCUCCCCGGGCAAGGCCAGGCCCGCAGCCACGCGUAGGCCCGGGGCCGCUGCUCCCGCGGACCGCGACGACCGCGGGCCCCCCACCAGCGUGGCGGCCCUGCGUUCCAAUUUCGAGAGGAUCCGCAAGGGCCCCGUCCAGCCGGCGGCGGCGGACGCUGAGAAGCCCUUCUAUGUGAACGUCGAGUUCCACCACGAGCGCGGCCUGGUGAAGGUCAACGACAAAGACGUGUCGGACCGCAUAAGCUCCCUGGGCAGCCAGGCCAUGCAGAUGGAGCGCAAGAAAUCCCAGCAGGGCGCGGGGCCCGGCCCUGGGGACCCGCCCAGGCCCUCCUACCGCGGGCGCCUCUCCGAGAGCAGCUGCGGCCUCGACGGCGACUUUGAGGACGCGGAGCUGAACCCGCGCUUCCUGAAGGACAACCUGAUCAACGCCAAUGGCGGCGGCAGGCCCCCCUGGCCGCCCCUGGAGUACCAGCCCUACCAGAGCAUCUAUGUCGGGGGCAUGAUGGUGGAAGGGGAGGGCAAGGGCUCGCUCCAGCGCAGCCAGAGCACCUCGGAGCAGGAGAAGCGCCUUACCUGGCCCCGGAGGUCCUACUCCCCUCGGAGCUUUGAGGACAGCGGAGGCGGCUACACCCCGGACUGCAGCUCCAACGAGAACCUCACGUCCAGCGAGGAGGACUUCUCCUCCGGCCAGUCCAGCCGCGUGUCCCCGAGCCCCACCACCUACCGCACGUUCCGGGACAAGAGCCGCUCACCCUCGCAGAACUCCCAGCAAUCCUUCGACAGCAGCAGCCCCCCCACGCCCCAGUGCCAGAAGCGGCACCGGCAGGGCCCGGUGGUCGUGUCCGAGGCCACCAUCGUGGGCGUCCGCAAGACGGGGCAGAUCUGGCCCAGCGAUGGGGACAGCUUGUCCAGCAGGCUGCUUCAAGACGGCACUUUCCAUGGAGACGCAGAUGCACCAUUCGGGACGCCGCCGGGGUACGGCUGUGCCACAGACCGGGCCGAGGAGCAGCGCCGGCACCAGGACGGGCUGCCCUACGUGGAUGACUCACCCUCCUCCUCGCCCCACCUCAGCAGCAAGGGCAGGGGCAGCCGGGAUGCACCGGAGUCCACCAAAGUGAGUGAGCUGGACUUGGAAAAGGGCUCGGAGAUGAGGAAAUGGGUCCUGUCUGGAAUCCUGGCUAGCGAGGAGACUUACUUGAGCCACCUGGAGGCGCUGCUGCUGCCCAUGAAACCUUUGAAGGCUGCUGCCACCACCUCUCAGCCGGUGCUGACGAGCCAGCAGAUCGAGACCAUCUUCUUCAAAGUGCCUGAGCUCUAUGAGAUCCACAAGGAGUUCUACGACGGGCUUCUCCCCCGCCUGCAGCAGUGGAGCCACCAGCAGCGCGUGGGCGACCUCUUCCAGAAGCUGGCCAGCCAGCUGGGUGUGUACCGGGCCUUUGUGGACAACUACGGAGUUGCCAUGGAAACAGCUGAGAAGUGCUGUCAGGCCAACGCUCAGUUUGCAGAAAUCUCUGAGGUACGCGUGACGCUGUGCAGACAG